AACACCAGCUGGUGCUAGCUGUCUCUCUCUCCCCCUGUCAUGUGACCUUCCUUUCUAUUUCUCUCUCUGCGCGUAGGCAUCAUAGCACAUUUCAAGUCCUUCCUCUCUCUCCUCCGUCCCUGUAGCCUGUCACGCCCAUUGCCCGAUUUAGCUCACUCUCGAGCUGACCCCCCACGCCAUCCAUUCGCCCAUCGCUUCCGCGGCGGCGGCGGCGGCGGCCAGCGGCCAGCGGCAACGUGAGCCAAAACGAGGGCCGUACAAUUUCCGGCACGGCCCGGGCCUACAUUACCGCUCGAGCCCCCGGCGCUGCAAAGGUUUGGGCGUUGCGCCAUCGAUCGCGCCCGCUGCCGGUUGAUUGAUUCGGGCGCGCGGUCCCGGCCAUGGCGCAGCUGCCGCCCAAGAUCCCCACCAUGGCGCCGGCCUGGCCGGAGUUCGGGGGCGGGCACCACCAUAGCGCCCACGCCCGCCACCACCAUCACCAGCGCAGCCCCUCCAUGGGUGCCUUCCUCGCCGCGCCAAUGCCGCCACUCCCGCCCCCGGCGCCCGCCAACGCCGGGGCGCAGCAGCCGUCCUGGGUCGACGAGUUCCUCGACUUCUCGGCCGCCAAGCGCGGCGCGCACCGCCGCACGGUCAGCGACUCCGUCGCCUUCCUCGACGACAGCAAUGCCGGCGGCGGGGCGCACGAGUUCGACCGCCUCGACGACGACCAGCUCAUGUCCAUGUUCUCCGACGAGCUGGCCCCGCAGCGGCAGGCGCAGGCCGCGAGCGCGUCGUCGCCGUCCGAUCACAACAGCAUCAACGACGAGAAGCAGGACAAGGGCGACACCGAGGAGGCGCAGAGCCACUGCAAUGGCGACGGCGCGGCACCCGGGCAGCCGUCGUCGCCCGCCACAGUCGAUCCCAAGCGGGUCAAGAGGAUCCUUGCAAACCGGCAGUCGGCGCAGCGGUCGCGCGUGCGCAAGCUGCAGUACAUCUCAGAGCUCGAGCGCAGCGUCACGUCACUCCAGACGGAGGUGUCGGCAUUGUCCCCGCGCGUCGCAUUCCUCGACCACCAACGCUCGCUGCUGACGCUGGGGAACAGCCACCUCAAGCAGCGCAUCGCGGCGCUCGCGCAGGACAAGAUCUUCAAAGAUGCUCAUCAGGAGGCACUGAAGAAGGAGAUAGAGAGGCUGAGGCAAAUCUACCAGCAGCAGAGCCUCAGGAACGCGGAACCCCCGGCAGACGACGAAGGCCCCCUGGUCCGGGGCGACAACAACGGCUUGAUCGCCAGCGAGGGGACCGCCGCGGCCUGCCUGCCCUCGUGAUCGAGAUCCGGCCCGUCGGCCUCAGGACAACCAAGUGUUGUCACUGUUCUUCUUGCUGCUGCUGCUGUCGUUAGGAUUUGGUGCACUGCAUUGGCUUGAGUUGGGUUUGCAUUUCCUCGGGGUGUGAUGUGUAUGUAACUCAGUUUGUUCAUGCUUAUUUGUUCAUUCUUGCGUCCUCUGUCAGCUCCCGAUCGUUCUUCUCCACUUCCCCUGAUCUGUAAUUUUUUUCCCGGCAUUUUGGGCGAAGGUCGUAGCUAAGGAUUUGUAACUCAUCAGAUUGGUUGGGGUCGAGUGGUUCCAUUGCUUGGCUGGUUGUUAUUGUUGUAUCUUCUGGUCAAUGAAACGCAAUGUUUUUCUCU